CGUCCUCCUUUUAUUACUUCAUGGCGAGUGGUUCUCUUCACAAUUCACAUAUUCAACUCCUCUUCGUGUGUAUUAUAGCGAUACCCCAGCUGCUAAAAGACUAAAGGAGGACUGUAACUAAUCCCUUGUACCUGUUACCGUGACGUCGAGGCUAGAAAAGAGUUCAAAGACUUGUUUUGAACUGUCAUACAGUCAUGCCUCUUAACAAGCCAUUGAAGAUCAAUCUCUCGAAGCAUCCCGAACUAGCCGAGUAUUUUACUGACGAGGACCCGGAGGCCAUCUUUUAUGACCAGAGAGAGAUAGGGCAUGGGAGCUUUGGAGCUGUUUAUUACGCAAGAAAUAUUAAUAAUGAUGAGAUUGUUGCCAUCAAGAAGAUGCAGUUCUCAGGGAAACAGGCAAUAGAGAAAUGGCAGGAUAUAGUAAAAGAGGUUAAGUUCCUCAAGCAGUGUCAGCAUGAGAACACUAUCGGGUUCAAAGGAUGUUACCUAAAAGACUCCACCUGUUGGGUUGUAAUGGAGUACUGUAUUGGUUCUGCUUCAGAUGUAGUAGAAGUUCACAAGUCGUCCCUCAAAGAAGAUGAGAUUGGUGCAAUUUGCAAAGGAGCUCUCACUGGUCUACAUUACCUACACACCAGUGGUAGGAUACACAGAGAUGUCAAAGCUGGCAAUAUCCUCCUCACUGACAGAGGAGGCGUCAAACUAGCUGAUUUUGGCUCUGCUUGUGAAUAUUCUCCGGCCAAUUCCUUUGUUGGGACUCCAUUUUGGAUGGCACCGGAGGUCAUAAUGGCUAUGGACGAGGGUCAGUACGACGGUAAAGUGGACGUUUGGUCUAUCGGCAUCACUUGCAUUGAAAUGGCUGAAAGAAAACCGCCAUUGUUUCACAUGAACGCUAUGGCUGCCAUGUAUCACAUAGCCCAGAAGGACCCACCCACCAUACAGGAGCCACAAAACUGGUCCGACUUAUUUCGAGAUUUUAUAAGUCAAUGUCUUCAGAAAGAACCAGAAGACAGAAUAGACUCAACUGAAGCCCUCGCACAUCGGUUCAUUAAUCUCCCGAGAAGUGGUGACAUUGUUUUCAAGCUGAUCCAAAGGACCAAAGACGCUGUACGUAGAGUCGAUCACAGGAACUUCAAGAGACUCCAGAAGAUGCUAAUGGGAGAGGAGGACUCGGAAAUAGAAGUUGAUGAAAUUGAGAGCGAACCACCCAGUGAUGUCACAGAUCCUGCCGGAUCCUCUCCUGCCCUCUCCUCCCCCUCUCCCUCCCUCACUCACGACGACGACGACCUCAUUAUGGGCGGGGUCUGUGUCUCCAGUGCUAGCCUAACCCGGAGGCUCAGAGAGCAGCAGGAGGAUUCUGAAGUCACUCCCACUCACUCUGCAUCCUUAGGACCUAGCAGCCCAAUGAGGUCUAAUAGAACACAGAGUGCUGGUGUGAUCAGAUCCAAUCACACUGGUGAGGUAGUCUCUACCCAGGAGAGGAGUAAUAGUAUAGCCAGUGCUGCCGCCUCCAUCACACCAACAUCACCCAUGGAUUCAUUUGGUUUGGAAGAGAGUACCAGUAGCAGUGCUAGUGUAUUGGGCGGGGCAGUGAGCGGAGCCGACGAACCCAAACCAAAGAUAAGCAUGACACCUGAAGAGGUGGCAAGGAGAGUGGCUGGUCAUUCGGAUGGUUUUUCGACCUUACGCCCACACUCGUUAGUAUCAAAACAAGCGGAAGAGCAUCAGCUCCAGAGCGACCUUAAGGAACAAAUGAUCGGAUACAAGAGAAUAAGAGCACAGCAUAAAGGACAAAUGGGUCAGUUGGAGAUCAAGCACAGAAACGAAAUGUCUGCACUAUCAAAGACACAAGAGAGAGAGCUGGAUCAGUUGAGGACAUCUUACGAGAAAGACCUGGACAGGCUUAGAUUAAACCACAAAGCAGAAUUUGAUAAGAGACAAAAGCAAGAGUCUUCGGAGGAUCGUAAGUUCCAGCGUGGUCUGAAGGAGAGACAGGAUCAGGACAUGAAGCAGUUCCUGUCACAGCAGAAGUCAGACUACAGGGCAACCAAGGCUUUGUUUAAGAAGGAGUUAGAAGAGAAUGUAAACUUGUCCAGUUCUAAAAGGAAGCAGCUCUAUGACUCCAGGAAAGGAGAGCUGCACGUUGAACAGAAGAAGAUUGAGGAGGAGCACCUCCAGAUACUGAAGACACAGGCUGAGCACGACAUGGUGGACUUUAGACAAAAACUGUUACACGAGAAACAGAAUAUAGAGAAACAACUUCUGCAAGAAGAGUUGAACCUUAUGCAGCUUCAUAAAGAGAAAGUCCAAGAAAUGAGACGGAAGCAUCUCUUAGCAACAAUAGAACUUCAACUGGAGCAACUGAAGACUCUUCAUGAAAUGAGAACAGAUCACCUCAAUAAACAGCAUGCUCUGGAGUGGGACAAUCAGAUUGCCUACAGUCGGAAGGCAGAGAGAGAACUGAGAAAGAAACACGUCUUGGAGCUAAAGCAGCAUCCUAAAAGCUUAAAGUUAAAGAGACAGCAGAUAAAGGGUCAGUUUAAUGACACUGUCAAGAUUCAGACCAGACAAUACAAGAGUCUACAGAAGCAGCUCCAGUCCACACUACCUAAAGAGCAGCACAGGGAAGUACUCCGGCACACUAAGGAGGAGCAGAUGAGGAAAAUGUCAAUGCUAGCAAUGCAGUAUGAGAGGACCAUCAAUGAAGUACUGCAGCAACAAACUGUAAUGUUAGAUGAAGCUCAGUUAGCUGAGCAGGAAGCUUUAAGGAAGCAGCUACAACAAGAACAGGAUCUCCUUCAGCAAUUUCAAGAGAAGCAAGAGCUCAAACUCCUUAGUCAGCAUGAUAAGGAGACACAACUCCUUGAUGAGAAAAUCGAGAACAGCAAAAGAGAACUGGAUAGACAGAUCUUCGAAGAGUCAACUCGUCUUCAAAACCUAAGGCUAGAAAGGCAGCAGACCCUCCAGCGUAACCAGCUAAAAGAAUGGAAGGAAUUUGCAGAGAAAUACUCCAACGAUCACAUCUCGCUAAACUCUGAGCAGUUGAUACUAGGAGAGCACUCUUCUGUAUCAUCAGAGCAGAGUCUUAGUAACAGUGUGUCAGUCGGGACUGCUUCACUUUAGUAGAAGAGAGACCCGUCAUCUUGCAACUACUUAUUGAAUUUUACUAAGACUAUUUAUUAUCUCCCUCUCUCUGAUUAUUCUCCUUUUUCUCUCAUUUUUACUUUCAUUUUCAUUCUCGAGCUCAUCAGUUUUAAUUUUAUUAUUGAUACACUUUAGCUUUUGAAAUGAUAAAUUAUUAUUGUGUUGUUGUUGUUGUUGUGUUCUAGCUUUUUGUUGUUCUUGUUUUUUUGAUUAUUCAUAAUGUGUUAUCUAUUUUGUUCGUCUUCCUGUAAUUACUAUUAUUAUUAUUAUUUGAUCUCAUUUUUGUAAGAUCACUACACUGUA